UUUGACGUUUGCUGUCAAACGCUCGAAACGCUUUUCGCAAAUAUAAACAAACAAUUCAUAUUAUCUCCAGGUAUCGGAGAAAUUCUUUCAAAAUAAGCUACAAAUUACAGUCCGUGUGGAAAAAUGCUCUCUGAAAAGAUUAGACAACUAACUCUGUUACUAGAAAAACAUGAGCUAGAGGCACCCGGUGGAAUCGUAUCCAUUCAGCUAUAUUCGGAACUGUUUGCGGCCUAUCUUUAUCAAAAUGAUCUGGCUAGUGCUCGGUUUCUGUGGAAGCGGAUUCCGCAAAACAUGAAGGCCGGAAAUGUGGAACUCGAACAGAUGUACAAAGUGUACGUAGCGCUAUGGAACAACAAUACGGCAGGAUUUUACAAGGCCAUCAACCACGACUGGUCCAAACACGUGUCAGAGCUGAUGUUCGAGCUGAAGGAAAAGUUUCAGCAGGAAACGAUCGCACUUAUCGGCCGAGCGUACAGUUCCAUCUUCGAGAACGUGUUUGCCGACAUGACCAAUCAAACGCCGGACAUGAUCGAGGACACUUGCAAAUCGCUGAAAUGGGAAAUCGUCCCCGGACCGUAUCCGCGGCUAAUAAUCCCGAAGCGCACCGUUGAGGAUAAACCGAUCAUGGUAAGCUCGGAGGCGCAACUGCACAGGUUGACCGACUUUGUGUCGUUCCUCGAGAACUGAGCGGGAACGAUUAGAGUUGUUGUGUGCCUGAGCAAUGCACAAACAUAUUAGUUGGUGAUCAUCCCUUUCUUUGCUAAAUGAAGUUGUCUGCGAUUGCGAUGAAUGUGAAUAUCAUUGUGUGUGUAUAUGUGUCACCGUGCGUACGUUGCGUAAAAUUCGCCAAAUAAAAUCGUGAAAUUAAAUUUUCAACGCGCGGCAUCCUUUUUUGUCUUUACGUGACACGUGCACCAGCAUUCGUGUGUUGUAUGUUCCAUUGGGAAAAACCGUCUCACAUUCAGGCUGUCUUCUAGCGCGAUUUUCAUGUCCCUCAUUUCCUGUACGGUCAUACCGCGCUGGUAGAGAUUGAAGUAAAUCAGAAACUGUUUGAGGAAACGUUUCUCGAGCUUUAGCAGGCGAUGCAGUUUUGAAGAUCCGGCAAUAAUAUUUCUGUAAUUGCAUUGGUGAAAGAAAAAUCAUAAAACAUUAAGAAUAAAUCGUACAGAGAAUCCUUUUGCAAAAAC